AACGUGUCGUGCUUCGGAGCGGCGGUACAUUCCCGUGUUACGUGUGUGUGUAUGUGCGCGCGCGCCCGCUCUCACGAUCGUCUGUUCUUGUCCGACGUUAGCGGCGGCAACGCCAGCGCCACUCGAUAGCGGCCGGAAGGCGAUUCGAUUACGCGAACUGAGCCGCGGCAGCGCAGCGCGAAGAGCUAGCUGGUCAGUGCGUGUGGCAUUCCGCGCCGAGAAAUGGAAGCCGACGAGACGCGUUCGGUCAGUACGAGCGUGAGCACGUUGCCGAGGUCGCCUGUAGUAGCGCGCGACAUCGCAGUGACAGCUGUGCACGUAGUCCGCUUUUGAGUUUGUUAUGACAAAGAACGUAUCACCGACCGGUCGCCGACCAUCAGCAGCCGCGUAUCCGGAGAAGAAGGAGAGACCGUCGUCGUUGUUGUUGUCGUCGUCCCCCUCGUCGUUGUAAACGUGCGCGUCGCGAUCCCAGUGUGUUUGAUUCUUCUUUCUGUUCCACUUCUCGUGAGGAGGAAACGGACGACGAGGGAUUAGGAAGAGGAGAACGAAUCAAGAUUUGAAGGCCGCCGGAAGAGGAAUCUCACCGGGGGGAAGAUGUGGUGCCUCGUCAGCCAAGCCAACUCCGUCAUCCUCGAGGUGCAGGUCGACCCGAAGGCCAUCGGCCAGGAGUGUCUUGAAAAGGCCUGCGACUGCUUGGGAGUCAGCAAGGAGUGCGAUUACUUCGGUCUGAAAUAUCAGAACGCGAAGGGCGAAGAGCUCUGGCUGAACUUGAGGAACCCUAUAGAGCGGCAAACCGGCGGCGGCGUGGCGCCACUAAGAUUCGCUUUGAGGGUGAAGUUUUGGGUACCACCGCACCUGUUGCUGCAGGAGGCCACCAGGCAUCAGUUCUACUUGCACUCGCGCCUCGAGUUGGUCGAGGGUAGGUUGAAAGUCUCAGAUUGGGGCUCAGUGGCCCGUUUGGUCGCCCUGAUAGCGCAGGCCGAUGGAGGUGAUUACGAUGCACUAUCACCGCCGCAUGCACUUUACUCUCAGUGCUGUCAUAUACAACCCACGGAGCCAUGCGAGCCGAAACCUCAAGACUUUCUACUUCGGAUAAUUCAACAGCACAAGGAAAUCAAGGGGAUGAAAACAUCGACCGCGGAAUACUGGCUUUUGAAAGAAAUAUCGAACCUCGACACUUUUGGACAGGAAAUGUUUCACAGUAAAUUCGGACAGUACAACGGAGUGUCUGUGAUCGGCGUCGGUCCACAUGGAAUUACGGUCUACCGCAGUCAGGAUGAAGAGACACAAAACAUACCAUACACAGCUAUACAAAGCGCGACGUCACAACGGCGGAUGUUCCACUUGGUUUACCUGUCACUCGACGGCGAGGAGACAUCGUUGGACUUUAAAUUAGACUCGAGUCAGUCUGCCAGCGGACUUUACAGAGCGAUCACCGAGAAACACGCGUUUUACAGUUGCGAGACGGUCAGAAGCGCAGUCACCGCGCAGUUUAUCCGCGACUUAAAGGGGACAAUAAUUUCCAUCUUCAACGAGGACUCGACAUUGGGAAAGAAGUACGUGUUCGACAUACGCAGAACCUGCAGGGAGGUCUACGACAAUGCGCGACGUGCCCUCUAUUGCGAGGCGGCGACCAUAGUGCUACCUGAAGAGAACGAAAUACUGGAUAGGCAUGCCUGCGGCGAGUGCGAGAACCCCAAAUGCAAGGAAUCACGAGAAUGCCUGGCGAGAUUAUUGGAUGCGAUGCUUUGCCGGAUCUGCAUGGAUCGAAGCUUGGACACCGCCUUGUUUCCCUGUGGACAUGCUGUAGCCUGUUUGGACUGCGCUCGUCGCUGCGAGCGUUGCCCAUUAUGCCGGGCCAACAUCGACUAUUGCCGAACGAUAUACCUCCCGAUCGAGCUGACGCACAUUGACAAGCACAAUCCCAAGCUAUUGUCGGAAACAAUCGAGCCUGUAUUUAGCAAGCCGCUGGCCGAACAAAUAAAGGAACGCAUUUUGGGCGGCGAGACGCCGGUGAAUAAUAACAUUUGAGAACGUCGCGUUAUGCGCAGACUGGGCGCGUUCGAGAAAUUCUUCAGGAUUGUUACUUGUCGCGCAGGAAAGGCGUAUUGAAGUGUGAAGCAAUUUUUUUCUAUCUAUCUUUUUUUUUAUCUUCCCGCCGAGAACGAAUCGAGCGCGUCGAAGGCCUUUGAUUUCGCGCAAUGACGAUUUUUUCACAUGCAAUCCCGUGUACUUUGAUAUUAUUCCGCGUUAUUUUAUUCCUUUUCAUCUUUUUUAGUAUUUUUAUUUUACUUUUCUUCAUUCGCACAAAUUUAAUUCAAUGGAGGAAUGAUUCGGAGAUAUACAAUGUCAAAAUAAUUUCCCCUCUUUCGAUUGCCGCAGGUAAGCUUUUAUCGAUAUCAGCUAAAUAGUUAAACAUGCGCUUAUGAUGUAACACUAUUAUUGUGCUUGCGCAUAGACAGGAUUGCAAGUUAUUUUACGGUAUAUUGUUUUGCACAACGUAUUUUAACAUCGCUUCAGCAGAGAUCGAUAAAAUUAUGAAGGAGAACUCUACUUGGUUCUCCGACCAAAGAAAUAUGCGUUAUUCAGUAGUAGUUUUUAAGUACGCCCUUUGAAUAAUUAACAAACAGGGUGAACGGUCUGAAUAUGCUAAAAUUGAGAAACGAUUCGAUGGUACUGUGAUUAAAGAUGAUGAUCUUGUCGAAGAGAUACACAAGAGAGACAAAAAUGUCAUAGAUAAAUCCAACGACGGAAUCAUGGAUUACAUCGUCGUCUACAUAAUGAUGUUAAAAAUAGUCCCUUUAAUUCAGCGGCCGAAAAGUGCUAUUAGCAGCAUGGAUCUAUAAGAAGAAACAGUGCUGCCAAAGUGUGCGAAAAAAGAUGUAAUUUGUAUUACGACAAGAUUCGGCGAGACAAAUUUGUGCGUAGAUUUUUAUUUUUAACUGAUGAUCGGACCAAUAUUUUCUUUUAUCUUUGUUAUUUCAUGAUCUUUCUCAAUACUUUCGUUCCUCUUAGAUAGAUUAUACGCUUUUUUUUGCAUACGUUUACUCUGAUCUAGAUACACUCACAGGUUACUUGGGUCGAGACUUUUAUCGAAAUCAGUAACCCGACAUAUUUUUAAUACAAUACACGUUAUUCAUUACGCAUAUGCAGUAUCGUUUACAAAAUAACUACUACGACAGAGUCACUUCUAAUGGAUGUUUCAAUAAAAUGGGAUUUGAAUCUUAUGUAGUAGAUGUCGAUAUUUACUUUAACCGCGUGACAUUCAAGAAAAAAAUGCAACAUAUAGAAAAAAAAUACAUCUAGAAUACUAAGUACACUGAUUACAUUUAAUUAAAUCGUAGAUUAUAAUGAUAUGAGCGACACAAUGUGGACAUCACAUUUACAUGUAUAUUAUGGAUCUAUUUUUAUCAUUAUAACGGAACAAGUAGAAAUUAAAAUGCGUAAUCAUUGCAGAAUUGUUAGCGCAAUUUCCUGCGAGUUGUAUCCUAAUUUUUUGUUGAGGCAUCCUACGUAAAGAGGAAACUUCAUUACCGUAAUAUCUGUUUAUAUAUGUACAUAAGAAACGAGAUAACCCGUACUCGGGUCAAAUGAGUAAAAGUCACGAGUUCACCAAAUGUCAAAUCUGACUUAACAUACUAUAUGCGUACGUCAUCCUUCAAGCGAGGCAUAAUAAAAGCGAAACAACUUAAUUGCCUGUGCUUUGCACAACCAAAAGAUAAUUCGUGGAGUAAAAAAGUCAAUGGCAUCUCGUGUUCGAGGAAACACAAAGACGGGCCAUUUCUGAAUAAAAAAUAAACCUGUUGAAAUUCGAAAUACCGACUUUCUUUCUCGAUCAUUAAGAGAGUCUGACGUUAGCAACGUGGAAAGAUAGCCUCUAAUGAAUUAUUUCCAACAUCUGCAAAUAAUAUUCUACGAACUUCGUAUGCGCAAUGAAAGUGAGGAUGAUAGAGAGUGAAAGGGAGAUAUAUAUACAGAGAGUGAGAGAACAUGAUAUGAUAAUUGUUAUAGUCAUUCAUCAAUGCAAACCAGACUUAGUUUAUAAUUAUUUAUAAGAAAGCGUAUUUACAUGCCAAUAUGUUUAAUGCCUUUUUAAGACUCCUCUUGACUUACAGUGUAGCCUUCUCUCUGUUCGAAUGUCGGUUUAGUAAUCUAUACGGUAAGACACUUUGUAGCAUCCCUAGAUAUCGGCACGAUAGCGAGGCUGCACUGUUUUUACGAGAGUAUCGAUUUGAGUGAUUUAUAUUUCUUAGAUAUUAAUGCGAAAAUCAAUAUACGUAUAUAAGAAGAUUAUUAAGUUUAAAUUAUGUAAACGUACGCAUGAUUCAAUGCAACGCUACAAUAGACCACUUCAGUCAGAAAGAUAAAGUAAAAUAUAUCCGUGGUGUGUAAAACGAUCUAUCGCGAUAUUCGCGGGCGGCGAUAAUUAUUUUCGAGAAUGACUGUAACUCCAGCAUGUUCUUAACAAAAUAGUGGUCUGCAGUCGCGCGAAUGUGAAAAACAAAACUUUGUACCACACUACCGUGCGUGUCGAUAGGUGUAAGAUUACUAAUAAUGACAACAACAAUAACACUUAUUAUAUUACGAAUAAUAAUUUUUUGUGAUUAAAUCUCUGUAUAAAACGUAUAAGAAAGAAUUCAAUAUAUUGUAGCGGAUAGAAUUGUAUGGUAGAAACGGAAGUGACCGAAGAGAGUGUAUUUCUAAAAGUUAUCAUUUGCAAAGAGUAUUUUUAAAGUAUUUUCAAUUAUUUUUUAGUAUUAUAUCAGGACACUCCCCCGAGAGACAUGGUAUAAGAGUACGCGUACACAUGAAAAUAUACCACAACUUAAUGAGAUAUAAAUUCUAGCGUUCAAUACGAUGUCCCGACCUGUUGAUUAAAUACUGUGAAACAAAUCAAA